ACACCGACGCACAAGGCCUGUAGUUUGAAAGCUGUGUGGGCCCAGCGAGCUGAACCGUUAGCUACAUUUCGAACAAAGUUAAUAUAUUUCAUAAAUAAAUUCAAAGGAUUCUUGGGUUACUUUAUGUGAAACCCAUCUGUGAAACGAUUGGAUAAUACGAUUGCCAAAGGGAGCAACAACCCGGCGGGGCGAGUAGCCGUGUUUUUGACUGGCAUUGUUUAACUGCAUCUUGACUGAGUUGCCUUCAACUCCACGCAAGGAGAAAAGAAAGCUAAGUGGCUAGCUAGCGGCGGCUAUCCGGCCAACUCGCGUGCUAUCUACUUCCUUGUUGCACAUUGGAGUGUGAUGGAAGGCGAGAAGAAGUUUGUGAGAAGGAGACGGAGUUAUUUACUUCCAUUUUAACACUAUCCCGUGGAUGGAUUUAUAUGUUUGCACUAACCGCAGUAUCCCAGAGGAACUGGAUCCGUUUGUUUGGAGGGGCUUUGGGCCUGUGCUUUUUCCAUGAAAUGGAAUGUGGCUAUGUAGCCGGACACAGUUAGCUAGUGGAAGCUAGCUGGCUAAACCGACUAGCAUUAGCUAGCAAAUCUAGGAUAUGUCCGUCCUGGAGUACAAUGGCUGAGCAUCGACUAGCUCUAUAACUACGCACUGUGUUGUCGAUUUUAUAUGACGGAAUCUGUUAGCACCAAGUCUAACGAAUUGCCAUCUGAGGUAACUUGGUUUAUGUGGAACUUCCACCGUACUGGCUUUGUAAUGCUACCAUUAUGCUCGUGAUUUAGCUAGCUAGCUGACUUUCUGAUCGUGAAUUUGUUGUAACGUAAGCUAAUUAGCAUCUUACACAGCUAGCCCAAUGUUUCGUGCCGCCACACAUAGUUAGUUGUAUAUAAUUUCAAGCUCAUUCUUGGCGUGGCAAUAGCGUUUAUUUCCCGGAUAAAUGCCUAAUUCAGAGCUUCUUCGUGAGGGUCGGGGACGGAGCUCCUCUGCUCAGAGAAAUGCUACCAGACUGGAUAGGCGUAGUAAACCAGGGAGCGGUGCUGCUCAGAGUGACAGACACAGUGAAAAGAGGCGGUCGUCGGCUUCUAGGAGAAAGAAACGCAGGCAGGCCAAGGAAAGAGACUUGUGGCACACUGGUACUACAGAAGACCAUGACACAGACCGAAAAAGCACUUUUGAAAAAGAUGUUGAACUUCGGACACUGGUAGAAUAUGAUGACGUGAGCUCCCAGUCUGAGAGAUUUUCGGGGAGCCCUUCUCCUAAACUUGACCCCCAUGCUGACCGGCUUUCAGUGGACCGACUUAGCGAUGUUGAUUAUGAUUAUAACGGACCAGCAUCUCCAGACAGAGGUCAUGCAAGAGACAGAGAUGCAGUAAGCGUCAGCAAAGACGAACAAACAAGAGGACCAGCUGAGAGGAGCAAACUCGAGAAGGAGCCGAGCAGGAAGAAAGAACGGCGGAGUCGUGAGAGAGACUCCUCUAAAGCAAAAAGUGGAAGUAGCCUGAGUGGCUCUAAAAAUCACAGGGACACUGCAAGAAGCAGUGACAGAAAUGGUAAAAGGACGGCUUCAUCUCAGUCCUCGCAAUCGGCCGAUAAGAGGGAUUCAAAGAGUCACAGAAGCAAAACGAGAACUGAUAAAGAGCCACCAUCUGCAUACAGAGAUGCUCCACAGUCUUACAGGGAGGACCGUGAAGACCUCAGGGCCUACAGGAGAAGUCCUGGUUUUAAAGCAGAAAGUCCCUAUGGGACAUCAUACCCCUAUAGCUACCAGUCUCCAGGUGGUUACAACCAAAUGAUAUCUAGGAGGAGUCCACCAUUUGGGAGCAAAAGACUCUCCCCCACAUAUUACAGCCGUGAUGUUGACGCGUAUGGGGCAUACAGCGUGCCAAAAUCGCCCAGUUCAUAUUCCAGCAAUAAAAGGAAGAGAUCGCCAACAAGCCCACCGAGCUGGCGCAGGUCACCAAGUUAUGGUCCAUAUGAACAAGGAGCGUUUGGUUCAAGUCCUUAUGGGAACCGCAGAAGAUCACGUAGUCCAUACAGGAAGUCUCUCAGCCCCAGCCCGGAUGUCAGGCGCCCUGCUAGGUCACGGAGCAGAAGUCCAUAUUCCUCCUCAAGGCAUUCACGUUCUCGCAGCCGCCAUCGCCACUCUCGUUCCCGCAGUCGUCCAUCUAGCCUCUCGCCAAGCACGCUCACCUUCAAAUCCAGCCUGGCUGCUGAGCUCAGUAAGCAGAAAAAGGCAAAAGCUGCGGAAGCUGCUGCUAAGGCCAAGAACUGCAGCAACACAUCUACUCCAACCAAGGGUUCCUCAUCAACACACGCACCCAGCCCUAAGGCCAAUCACGCCUCCAGGAAGGGCCGCCCUCCUUCUCCACCACAACCUGAGAAAGGUCCGAGAACUCCCCCAUCAAGCCAACCUCAGUCUCCUGCAGAGAGGUUGUCCAAGAAGACAAACGAGCUCCAGGCUAACAGAGAUGUGAAAGGGAAAGAUGACCCUGUACAACGCGACAAGAGGAAAGCGCCAGUAUCUGGACAGGGCAAGGAGAAGGAGCGAAGCACUGGUCCACUCAUUCCCUCUUUGCCAUUGCCCCCAACAGUUCUUGAAAACAUAGAUAAAGGAGAAAGCUUGAAGGACAACUUGCUCUCUGGAAAGAAAAAGUCUGAGAGAAAGGCUCGCCAGCUUCUAACUGACUUGCCUCUCCCCCCUGAACUUCCUGGUGGAUCUUCCUCCCCACACAGCCCACCCGACGACAAAAAGUCCCAGACAUUUCGCAAGCGACCUAAAAUUUGUGGCCCAAGAUAUGGUGAGUUUAAGGAAACCGAGAUAGAUUGGGGGAAACGCUGCGUGGACAAGUUUGAAAUCAUUGGAAUCACAGGAGAAGGUACCUACGGUCAGGUGUACAAAGCUAAAGAUAAAGACACCGCUGAAAUGGUGGCUUUGAAGAAGGUUCGAUUGGACAAUGAAAAGGAAGGUUUCCCAAUUACAGCCAUCAGAGAGAUUAAAAUUUUGCGACAGCUCAACCACAAGAGCAUAAUAAACAUGAAGGAGAUUGUUACAGACAAGGCGGAUGCUUUGGAUUUCAAGAAUGAUAAAGGUGCUUUUUACCUUGUAUUUGAAUACAUGGACCAUGACCUGAUGGGUUUGCUCGAGUCGGGCUUGGUUCAUUUCAAUGAGAGCCACAUCAAGUCUUUCAUGCGCCAGUUACUGGAGGGCCUUGAUUACUGCCAUAAGAAGAACUUUCUGCACAGAGACAUUAAGUGCUCCAACAUCUUGCUCAAUAACAAAGGCCAAAUAAAGUUAGCAGAUUUUGGUCUUGCACGGCUGUACAACUCUGAAGAGAGUCGGCCUUACACCAAUAAAGUGAUCACGCUAUGGUACCGUCCUCCAGAGUUACUCUUAGGUGAAGAGAGGUACACACCAGCUAUUGAUGUGUGGAGUUGUGGAUGCAUUCUUGGAGAACUGUUCACAAAGAAACCCAUCUUUCAAGCUAAUCAGGAACUUGCUCAGUUAGAGCUCAUCAGCCGAAUAUGUGGCAGCCCCUGUCCUGCUGUCUGGCCAGAUGUGAUAAAACUCCCCUUCUUCAACACAAUGAAACCAAAGAAACAAUACCGGAGACGGUUACGAGAGGAAUUUGCUUUCAUUCCUCCAUCUGCCCUGGAUCUCUUUGACCACAUGUUAAACCUGGACCCCAGCAAACGCUGUGCAGCCGAACAAGCAUUAGGCAGCGACUUCCUGAAGGAUGUGGACCCAGACAAGAUGCCUCCGCCAGAUCUUCCACUGUGGCAGGACUGUCAUGAGCUGUGGAGUAAGAGACGUCGGCGGCAGAAGCAGAUGCCAGAAGAACUGGCAGCACCCAAAGCUCCCCGUAAAGAGCUGGGCCUCGAUGAUAGCCGCAGUAACACCCCUCAAGGCUUCCCAGCCCCUGGAGGUACCAAAGUCCAGAAUGCAACUGCUUCUACGCUUCUUGAGCCAAAGGGUCCAAACUCUCAGUUGACCCAGGAGCAGCUUGCAGUCCUCCUUAACUUCCUUGGCCAGCCCAAGACUGCUGUCAGCACUGCCCAGUUAGUCCAGUCCAUGAGUACGAAGGUCAACCAGGAUACGUUGCAGCAGCUCUCUAAAGCUCUAGCACCCACUGACCCAGCAGAACCCCCUCCCAUACCAGCAUCUGCCAAGAUGCCACCGGCCGUUCCCCCAGCAGGAGUACCUCGUACACCUCCGAUGCCCAAGCCUCCUUCACCCCCCAUGUCUGCAUCGUCGGGUAUCCCUGAAGGAGAGGCUGCAGCUGCCACACAGACCGCUGUAACGAUGCUGCUAGCUCAGCUCCUCCAGGCUCAAAGGCAGGAACCAAGUGAUGGUGGAGACAGUGCAGAGAGUGCAAAUCCUGCAGGAGCAGCACCAGGGGGAGCCCCUCUACCUCCAGAGAUCAAACAGCCUCCCGAGCCUAGUCCCGUCUCCCCAGUUUCUGAAGUAGGUGGAGUCUCCAUCCUGCCUCCAGAUCAGAGACCGCCUGAGCCUCCAGAGCCCCCUCCACAUGCUGACCUUGACUACCGGCAGCCUCCACCUGAGCCCAAGACUGGCCUUGCUCCCCCUAUUGCUUCUGUAGGUGUAGGUAAUGGAGGGAGACCUCCAGAACCAGACUACCCACCUCUCCCUACUGCAGAACGACCUGGAUAUGGGGGAGAGUACAGUCAUCCACCACCCCCACCUUUCACACCUGCAGGGUUUGGAGACAGCUACAUGGGUCACAUGUUGGGUGGAGGCCUCCCACCGCACAGUCUGAGAGAAAUGUUUAGCGCACCUGGCCAGGCUGCCUCGUCUGCCACAGGGGUUCUUGCUCCAUCCCACCCAGAUCCUUACCCUCCAGGCGCAGGAGCCUCUGGACCCAGCAGCAUGGUGUUCACUGGGGACAAGGACCACCGUUUUGAGUACAAUCAAAGCCCGUUACCAGUAGAGGGACAGCCCAACCCCGGUGCUCUUCACCUGUACAACCACGCUAUGGCUAGAAAAGACGGAGUCCCUCCUCCCCCACCCAUCCCAGCACCAGGACAACCAUGGGGCUCCCCUUCUCAAGUGGGGGCUCCACCACUACCCCUUGGCUUCGUUCCACAUGUGAACUCGGCGGCAAUCAGAGGACGAGGACUGCCAUUCUAAAAGACUGGAGAUCUUUGUGACAAUGGAUGAAAGGCUCGGGGACUCUGUUUAGAGCACAAGGCCUCAGACGGUGAUGCACACUCAGUUUGUAAUAAUCUGUUUAAAGCAGUGUACUCCUCCUCAGUCUGAAUCGUGGAGUACGUUGCAGCUAAAUGGACAGUUAGAUGAGGAGCUUUUCUCUCUCAUACCAUUUUCAUGUUUUUUUGUAAUCUAUUCUGCUGUCUUUUAAAUUAAACCUUUUACCUUUUGAGUGUACAUUAUCAGGCCGGGUACAUUUUAAAUCUCUACCUUAGCCUUUCUGUAAUUGCUCCAGGACUAGUAUUAAUGUUUUGCACUACUGACCAAAGUAGGUGGAAACUAUUUUAGCUAUGAAAUGAAAUGGAAGGUGUGCUUUAUCUGCACAGUUAGAAAUAUGACCAGUAAUGUAGUGUCCCUACUCCUCCUCGCCUCGAUUAUGUUGAAGCAGUGGCUCUGCUGAUUUGGCUGAUGGCUUAGGCAUCAGUACAGGCCUGUUAGCCAGCACAUGAGUUAAACACAAACACGUGCAUAACCCCCGUUCAAAAAAAGGAACAGUUUCUUUUUUUGUACUAAAAUGAUUUUGUCCCCCUCCCUUGGCAAAUGUUUAUUAAAGAAAUGUCAGUAAUGUG